AUGAAUUGGAAUACCCAAUUACCUCCUGAGGAACCUGACCUUAACAAGCUUGAUUGUGUGGUCCAGAGUUUACCACAAGAGAUACAAGAAGCCUCAAACAGAGCGAGGAAGAAGCAAAUGAACCCUUCAGUGACCUUCUAUUUCUCUGAUGGUGCUUGGACUAUGAGAGAUGUUGGCCCUGUAAAAAAUGGUAUCAACAAAGAAUUAUGUAAUGGUAUGUCCCACUAUGAAAGAGAUUGCAUGACUCUGUUGGAGGUCAUCCUUACAACAAAAGUUCAUGUUCAGCCAAGUAAGUUAGGGGAGUUUUGUUCAUUUUUUGAGAGAUACGUCAAACCUCUUAGUCGAAAAUAUCGUGACAGUCUUCAAAGCUCCACAGAAAACAAAGUAGGGACAGUUACUUUAACAGUGGAUCUGCUUCGUUUGCUACAGAAUGCAAUUUGUCGGGAAUUUGAUCACCUCAUAACAGUAGCACAAGGUGCCUUUGCAGCUCCUGAACAAGAUGUUUCCCUGAUUUAUGAUCUGUUAAAGUUGAGUGAAGAAAACUUUCCCCUGGAGAAAUGUCAGCAACUACGUUACAGAUUGAAGGCAGAAAUCUGUUUUGUGGAGCAGUCCGAGGAGUUCAGUGGUAACUCAAUUGAGGUUAAAUCUGAAGAUGAAAAUGAGACUUGUACACUCAACCUUCAGUGCGUUGGUGAUGAACAGUUUGAUGAAUCUCUGGUAUCAGUUGGCUCAAUCUGGAUCUGUCUAACUCCUAGCAAUGCAAGAGCAAUGCCAGAUAACCCCCCAAGGAGGUCACCAUCUGUGUCUGAAGAAGUGUCCAUUGAAUUGACAGAGAACAGUUAUCGAGAGGAAUAUGCUAGUGCUAGGCCUUUGUCUGAUAGUUCAACAAAGUUACAGGCUGACUCUGAUGAGAUGCCAAGUAGUAAAGGUUUACUGUCAAGGGAAGAUCAUUAUGACACAGAAACUGUGGUUGUGGAUUAUGGCAUUGAUCAUAGCUACCAAGAGUUCAAACAGAGUGAACAGUUAAAUUGUACAUGCCUAUGUUGUCAAAAAAACAGUAUUGUUGUUAGCCAAUGGCAGAGAUCCAAUGACAUAAUCAAUGCUGCUAACAGCCAGUUACAAGAUGAUAUUGUUGCCUAUCAGGAUCGUUGUAGUAAACAAGAGGAUGAAAUAAGUCAAUUGAAAGAGAAAUUGACUCAAAUGGAAGAAUUGAAACAAAGACUUGAAGCUGAGGUGGGAAGACAGUUGUUCCUUGAAAGUAAAGAAAGACGUCGGAAGUUGCUGAAUAAACAUCCCCAUGAGCAAAGUAUGCUUGGUACAACCAGAGGAGCAUCUUAUGAAGGAGAACUACUUCAUGAUGCAGGUUCUAUGGACAGAUCAGGUAAAAAAAUUGGUUGAAAGUUAUAGAGGCCCCUAAACAAGUCUCUUAAGUUUUUACAAACAGUUGUUGGAUGGAUCAAUACAAUAAAAUUAUUUUGUUUAUUGCUUGGAUAAUGGUAUCUUUUAAAUUCUUGAUGGUCACUAUAUAUGCAUGGUAUGACUCUUUUAUGUCUGACUCUGCGCACUUCAAGAAUUUGUAUCUAGUUCUAUCAAGAUUACGAGCUGUGCAAUAUUGAAGGGUAUGAUCCAUCAAAUAUGUUUGCUGUGUGCAUUUGGUCAAAAUGCAUCAGUUGAUGAAGAUUCCCUACAGGGGGCAAAACUGGGGGAUAUGUCACCCAAGUGAUUUUCCCCAAUUUUCAAACCUCAAGCCCACUACGAUAAGUCUGUGUUAAAAUUUAGUUCAAGAUGAGAGAAAGUUUUGCGGUGGUUACAGAAGAAGGGAAAUAUAUUUUUAUUCAUUAAGUCAUAUCGGAGAACACUCAAAAGAAAUGGAAUGUUGGAAUCUAUCAGCUGUUUCAGUAAGAAUGAAUUCUUUUCAUCUUGCAGAGCAAAUUACAACUUGGUGCAAUGAAAAUGGUACUUUAACAGAGGUAGACAGUUUCUUUUGUCCAGAAGGAAAUCAGGUGAAUGAGGUGCCUGAGAGUUCCUAUAAUGAAGCUGAUGAAAUUUCUGAUGAAUCGGAAGAACACAGAGAGAGUAACGAAACUACUGAGAUUGAUGAACAGGCUCCAAUUUGUAGCUGUUCCAUUGGAAACACAUUUUACAGUGAUGGUGAUGUGACUCUCUCUAAUUUAAAUGCAGAUAAUUUACCUGAAUCAAGUUCUAUUAGAGACAUUAGUAAUUCUAGGUUAUCGACUGAGAGUUGUGGUUCAGUUUCUAGUUUGUCACAGUCAUCAACCAAUUCUGCCAAUAAUUUGCAGCCAUCAACAGGAGAUUCAAAUUUAUGUUCAAUUACCACACCUCUGAAUUUUGAUCAAGCUGUGAAGGCUUGGGAGAGUAGUGGAGAGGACAACCAAGAGAGGUAUUUGUUAUCAUUCCUGGAAAAUAGACAAUUUGAAAAUGAAGAGAUGAAAGGAGGGUGUGCUGCAAAGGGUGAAAGAGAAAGGGAAGACCUAGAUAGCUAUAAUAGUUUUUGUGAUGGUGAUCUUGUGGAUGGUUCUGUCAGCAUUCCCAAUAGAACUCAAAGUAGUUUAAAGCUAGUAGAGGUAGAUGUAGCUAGUGUAAAUCAAGGUCCUUUUGCACAUAAAGAUACAACUCAGAAGCAAAAUCUCUCAGUUGUAAGGGUCACUGAUCAAAUAGACACAGGCAUAGAUCAUUCUGAUUGUCACACAAGCAAUCAGUCAAGUAAAUGGGAGCAUCUAGGUGCUAGACCAAGAGACAGACCUUCUAAAGGAAACAGAUCUUCAGAAUGUAGUUCGCUUUGCUUCUCAUCGCUUGACCCGGUUCCUCAACAAGUUGCAGGAGUGGCCAAUGCAUUCCUAGCAAGACACUCUGAAGACAAACAUCUUCAUAAGAGUCUGUAUUACACUUACGCAGAGGAGAUGUUGGCUAAAGAUUUUUCUUCACAAGGCGCAUGCAAUUCUCAUGUAGAGGGUGACUUUCAAGUUACUUCAAGGCCAGAUCCACCAUAUUACUCACCUUAUUCUUCAGUAUUUCCUUUGACUGGGGGAGCAUCUAUUAGAGGAAAUGGUGAAGAUGGCAACCCAUAUCACAACACACUUAAUGGUAAUUCUGUACUUCUACCUGGACCCUUGUAUAGCUAUAUUGGAGGUAAUACCAACACAAACAGUAACUUCAACUCAUUUGAUCCUAAUUUUUUAGCAUCUGACAUAAAAGAGCCUCGACUUCUCCAACAUGACCAAUUUUCAUCUUUGUGUAGUAGUGAUAUUCUACAGUCAGGGUUCACUGGUUCAAGAUUGACCCCUGACUUUCUGGGAACUACAGGACCUCAAAUGACACAUUCUGUAAUUGGUAUACAGAGUAACAUUGGCUUCACUAGAACAUCAGCUUUACCUCUGGAGCCUUUGCAAAUGCAAACACCAUCAACCUCAAAUUUAGGAUUAUUGGCUACUUCAACAAGUAAUACUCAAAGUUAUAGUCACCAACCAAAUGCUUCAACAGAUUUUCAAACUUUAUCUUCAGUGGCAAUGGCUAAUCAAUCAGACAGCAGACUUUUAUUAGAGUUGGAAUUUGGUGGGAAUACCCAUUUGUCACCAGUCUCUUCAUCUUCAAUUAGGGAUGUUGUGGACAUAUCUGGACGUAGGAACUCAAGCAGCAUAUUGAACACAAUAGGUGAUCAUUUGGCCUCUGGAACCUAUAGAGAAGGGAACAGUGCUGGUAAUUCUUCAAGCUCUUGCAUAACAUCUGGUGCUAAUAUGGGAGGAGAUCAUGAUGAAAAUUCUGCCCAGUCUGGAGGUUCAAUACCAAAUGAAAACUAUGGCACAGAAUCAGUGGAGUCCACUGACAACUCCUUGCUUGAGUUGGAACAGCGUGUGGAGGAAGCAUGUGCUAUGGUAGAAAGAGUGCUUAGAGAAAGAGAAGAAAGAGAAGAGUUUGGCCGAGAAAUUGAAAGAAAAGAGCGUGAAAUUCGAGCAGAAAGAGCACGAAAGAAGAGAGAAAGAGAAGCAAGGGAGCUAGAGGAAGCCAGAGGAUGGCCUCAACAGCAGGAACCAGUUACUGGACAGUCUUUGUGGCUUUGUGAGCAUUACCAACGUCAUUGUAGAGUACGUUUCCCUUGCUGUAACAACUUCUAUUCAUGCCACCGUUGCCAUAACAACUCCAAAGAAUGUGACAAUGAGGAAGCUAAAGCAAGUCAUGCAACUCAUCUUAAAUGCAGCUAUUGUCAUCAUGAACAAGAGGUAAAUGAAGAAUUCAACAUUUUAAAUCAUGAUUAUUGAUCUUCAAAUUUGUUUUUGUUAAUAACUCUCCUAUUGAAUAAGCACCCUUAUUUUAUUAACUGCUCCUAUUCCAUUAAGUGCCCCUAUAGCUAUUCCAUUUCAGUAAUAGCACUGUUAAAAUACAUGUACAUUGAGAUCAUUGGUGGUCUUUCUUCCUUAAAUUGCUCAUGUAAAGCCUCAAGACAAAAGUGUAGUCUUAAGUCAGUGUCUCAACUAUUGCAUUCCUAAGAGUGCACAGUUCCUUCAAACAAAAAAGUCCUGUCUUAACAUUAUGCAGCUAUCGCUUGGCUAGUUGUUCUAGGUAGGAAGAAUCCAGGGACAACUAGUCCAUUUUUCAGUCUUUUUUUAUCCUCACUCAAACAAACACAAAAGUUUUGUUUCAUAUUCUGCUGUUUCUCAAUAAAAAAAUAAGCACCCUGUCCCUAUUGAUUGCCCUGUUUCCAACAAGCACCCUCCCUUGAGGUACUGAAAGUAAAUAGGUGCCCUGGGCGUUAAAUCAAAUCAUUAUGGUAGCUUCAUUUUUCUUUAACUGUUGUGAAAAUUUUACUUCAGACCACGUAAUUAUGCUCUCUUUAGUUCCUAACUAUCAAAUAAUAAAGACAUUAAUGUUUGCUACAUGCUUAUGUCUGCCAACAAGAGGUUGCCAAAUUUGCAACUUUGGUGACAAAUUUUGUGGCCAAAAUGUUUUCACUUGCCAUGAUGUUUUACUUUCUAUCGCAACCAAAAUGGCUGUAUCUUGGAGUGUCUGCUCUUAGUAAUUUCCCAAGGAGGUAAUUUGUGUUACAAACUCAUCAUUCCAACUAAUGUGGUAAGUAAUACUGACUGUACAAUUUGGCUUUUAAGUUGAGACCUAAUGAUUUUCCCAAUCACGAAAAACAAAAAUGUUUUCUUCUCUUUGCAGAUUGCUGAAGAUAGUGCCAAAUGUCGUAGCUGUGGAGCAAAGAUGUCAGCUUAUUUUUGUGGAAUCUGCAAGCACUUCACAAGUAUAGACAAAAACCCUUAUCACUGUGAUAAAUGUGGGAUAUGUAGGUAAGUUCUCUACAUGUCAUAAUUUUGAAGAAACCUUUUUUCCAUCAUGAUGGCCACAACUAAUCACCCCAAACUUAUCUCACUGUGAAAGUUCAUUUUGAAAUGGAUAUGUUAGCUGAGAUUAACUACUGCCUCCAUUUCCCUAUGUUCAGAUAGCCCCAGAUGGAAUGUUCCCCCACUGACUGUGAAAUCCCUGCAACUUACAUGUUGGGGUAAUCUUUGAAAUAUGUGAUACCAAUUGGUUAGGCCUGAAAGACAAUAAUCAUGAAAACUGCUCUUAAACACCAAGGUCUAAAUGAAAUGUAGUCAUGAUGUUCCACAUGGGCCUGCACUUUUGACAAUGGCUGCAGACUUAGUAUGCUUGCUAAGCUGUUAGCAGUUAACCUUGUUAGCAUAAUUGUUUCUUCAAUUUAGAUGUAUUGGGUGAAGAUUAUACUUAAUCUUCUCUUACUUUUUGUGUAUCUAGCUUUCUAGAACUUAUGAAGUCAGUCACUGUAGGAAAUAUUUAUUGAUUUGCUUUUUGUUUUUUUAGAAUACACAAAGACAAGUCAUUCCAUUGUGAUGUAUGUAAUGUGUGUCUUGACAAACGGCUGCAAGGGAAACACAAAUGCAGACCAGACUCUGGUCAUGAUGAAUGUUGCAUCUGUCUUGAGGUGAGCUGUUAAUCUACAAGUACAUGUACAUGUUUCUGUGUGAGUUUUCUUAAUGUUCUGUUAGUUGUAAAUCUCAUUUUGCAUACCUAUUGAACUGUUCAAAACUUAAAAAAUACAAGUUGUACAAAGCAACUGCCUUGCCUUUCAUGUCAUUGUUAUUACAUUAUGAACUUUUUUUAGUUGAAAUGAUUAUUCUCUCAUUUUUGUUGUUUGUUAUUUUUUUUGUGUGUAGGAUGCAUUUAGUGGGUGUCAAAUUUUACCCUGCUCACACAAAGUCCAUCGGGAAUGUGCAAUAGCAAUGAUACAGAAUGGGAUGUAAGUAGUUAUUUUAUUUUGGAGUCCCUCUUGUGAAGAUGCUUUGUUGUGAUUUAUGUCUUCUAAGAUUAGGAAAAGCAAUGUCAAUUGAAAGUGACUUUGGAUUAGAAUUAAAGCUGUGUGUGAUGUUUUACUUCAUGUUCCUCAUAGCAUUAUAUUACAUUGUUCUGUAAUAACGUUUUGAACUUGAGUAAUCAUUGAGUUCUUUUUGUUUACAUUUUAGUCGCACCUGUCCAGUCUGUCGACACCCUUUAUACAGCCCAGCUCCUCAAUGA